AAGCGGCGCUGUUUUCACACCGCUGCCCCUCCUGUUCAAAACAAAAGGAAGAAGAUGGCAGAGAGUCCGUUCUCCAUGGCCUGCGCCGGAAAAAUGGCUCAUCUGGAGACGCUGAACUCGUUCUUCUGCGAGCGCCUGAUGGCCGUGGCCGCGGAGAUCUUCCAGGCGGUGAAGGACACGCUGUCCGAGUACCAGGAGGAGCUGGAGCGGAACAAGCAGGAGGUUAUUUAUCUCAGGAAAAUGCUAGCUGAGGUUAGCAUCAGCAGCGUAGCAGAUGUACCGACCAUCCAGGCUGACGGCACUAUUCUCGAACAGCCGAGCUGUCACCAAGACCCACUGGACUCAGAACCAUCAGUAAUCCAAGUAAAGCUGGAGCUCAGUAAUGCAGAGCAGGACCCUGAACCACAGCAGCCACUGAGUGACUGCGUACCCUCCUGCUGUGUCCCUGUAGAUGCUGAAACACCUCAAGAGCCGCCUCAGCACAGAGCUGUCGACAUGGAGGAUGAGGUAGAAGAAGCGUGUGCGACUUUGGAGUCGCACAUCGCUGUCAAACUAGAGCGCCCUGACUCACAAACGUUCUGUGCAGACGAGAUGAACCCCUGCCUGGUCCAGAACGAAAGCUUGUGGAACCAGUUCAGGCCUGUCGAUGAUGAGCCAGGCCCGCACCGUUCUUCCCAGUGUGACUUCGCUCAUCACGCGUUUCACUUGCAGAGCUUGCCUACGGAGAAUGUGUUUCCUCAUAAGGUGUCUGAAAAGCCUUCCAGAGGUGGGCAUAUGAAGACACGAAGGGGAGCGCACCAUAAAACCAGAGCUUUCCGCUGUGAUCUGUGCGGAAAGUGCUACAGCACUUCAUAUGCGCUUAAACUCCACCUGAGGACUCACACAGGAGAGCGGCCAUUUACCUGCAAGUUCUGCAUCAAGACAUUUAAUCAGAAAGCACACGCCAAGGUGCACGAGAGGAUCCACACAGGGGAGAAACCGUAUAGCUGUUCAGCAUGCGGAAAACAUUUCAAUCGGACGUAUCAAGUCAAAGUGCACAUUCGAAAUUAUCACCCUGACCAGGUGGCUACUAUUAUCAAGAGUCGGCAAUAAAAACAACACUUUGAAAAGCUCUUAGGCUAUGUUCACACAGCAGGUAAAAUAAAACAAAUCUGAUUUGUUUUCUUCAUUGUGAUACAGGUGUGUUAUUUGUGUGGCAUAGUGAACAACAAUAAGUGCAUUUAAAAUUGGAAAACUCCAAUGUGUGGUAUUGAAACGUGAUGCAGAUUUCUGGCAGUGGAUUUUUACAUCAAGAAGAAGUUGAAAUGUCUAAGGUAAAGGGAAAAUGAAAAACAGUGGCCACUUUACCUGCUGUGUGAAAUGUAGUAUUUAGUCUAGUAUUUAAUGUUUCCCAUGUCAGGAAUCAUAUAUUUUUGUUCUGCUUGACCAGAAGGAGUGAUGUAUUUCAUUGUAUUCUAUUGUAUGCUGUUUUUUCAGCAAUGAAGGAAAAAUAUUAACACAUUGUAGAGAUUCUUGUUUGUGGUGCACCUCGUAUAAAUAUCAGAAUCCAAUAUUUUUAAAUGUAUAUUUCUGCCGAUAUGUAGACAUUGGGCAUUCCAGAAGAGUAUAGCACAUCAUGGUUGUUGUGCAAAACCUUUGUAUCUCCUAUUGCUUAUUUCCAUUUUUUGACUUAAUUUGAAUUUGACAAAUGUUCUUUCUGUUCUUUACUGACUUUCAUCAAAUUCAUGCCAUUUCGGAAGUACAAGUUCUUUUUUUUUGAGUGAGUUAAAUGUAGAUAUAUUUUAGCCAUGCUUGUGUAGAGUAAAGGAAAUGUAUCACAAAAUUAUGGAUGCUCAAUUAUGGAUGCACUUUCAGAGUUUGGGUAAAAAAAGUGAAAGGAAACUUCAAAAAGUUCCUUUUGGCCAGAUGUUAAAUGUUCUUUCAGUUUCAGCCAAAAUCAUUUGAUUUAUGCGGAACCCUAAACAAAAUAUUGGUUCAGUUUAUUAGCCAACUGUAACCAUACAAAAAUAGCUUAUUUUAUACAGGUACCUGCUGUCUGAUCUAAUUAGACAUCCCUGGAUUUGACACUUUAAUGCAUUUGAUGUAUCUUCUUGUGGUGUGGAGUAUUCUUGUUUAAUAUAUUUCUAUAUUCUCUAGUCAUUCUAAGACAAAAAAAAUCUGCAAUAUUUAAUGCAAUUUCAACACAGUACAUUGCUGAUUUCCUUUUUUUUUCAUACUAAAGUCACAAUCAUUCUCUUGUUCAUUAUUUUGUGUGUUUUUAUAUUUACAGUGUAAAUUACAGUAUGUAAAAUGAAACUUAACCAAAGCAUUCAAAUUCUAUAAAAAAAAUGUAUAUUAAUAAUCAGAUACAGCACAUAUAUAUUUCCUCUGCCCCUUUUUUUUUUA